AUGUCGGAACCUGACAUAGCAACCAAGGCCCCAGAGUCCGAUGCAUUCGAGCCUUCGGCGAUCUCAGAUCAGGACUCCAGGGCUCAGACCGGUGCGAGCAUGGGCGAACACUGUGUCACAGACAGACCAAACCCAGAGGGUCGCCAACCAUCUGGUGAAAUGUCCAAGUUCGGGGAUGUCGACAUCUACAUCUCCAAGCCAGCAGACUACCCCAAUGCUCCAGCAAAGCUCCUCCUCCUCCUUACUGCCGGAACAGGUGUGCAUUCGAUCAACAACCAAGUCCAGGCCGACAUAUUUGCGGAGCAAGGUUUCGUCGUGAUUAUGCCUGACCAGUUCAACGGCGAUCCUGCACCAAAUUCCAAGCCUGUCCCCACCCAAGAGGAGAACCCAGGCAUUCUGGAACAGUUCAAGUUGAAAGCCGCAGAGACCGCCAAGUCCUUCAUGGUUGACAUGUGGCUGGCCAGGCAGACGCCCGAGAAGGUCAUCCCAAUUCUACUCAAAGUGAUUGAGACGGCCAAGGAUGAGUAUGCUGACGCUGUGGCACAUGGCGAUGGUAUCUACUGUGCCGGCUACUGCUUUGGCGGCAAGUACACCGUUUUGCUUGCAGGAGAGUAUCCUGCUUUCGAAGGGCAAGCGGCCAAGGAUGAAGAGGCUGGACCAGUCAAGAAGGGACCACUCAUAAAAGCCGGUGCUCUCGCCCAUGCAACGCUAGUGACUCGUGAAGACUUGAAAGCUGUCAAAGCACCGCUAACAUUUGCGUGUGUCGAACACGAUCCUUUGUUUCCUGCUGAGAUUCUAGAGGAGGGCAAGAAGUUGUUCGCUUCCAGCAAUAUUGAGCAUGAGAUCAAGAUUUACUCUGAUGUCCCGCAUGGUUUUGCUGUUUACGGCGACUAUGAUUCGGCAUCUAUCCGCGAGGCACAAGAGGAGGCUUUUCAGCAGAUGCUCAAGUGGCUCCAGUCGCACUGA